ACCACUACCACUGACUACCACUGGAGUGGGAUGUUCGAGGGAAGACUUACAAAGAAAUUGGUGAUUAUUCCCAACAUUUCUCUAGAGAGAUCGACAUUCUCAUUCGACAAUAUGUCGAUCCCGACUACGACCGAUGGGAUAAAGUACCCAGCGAAGUUAGAGAUCGCAUACUUCCUCGUCUAGAGGUAAUUUAUUUCUAUAAUUUUUUUAUUGGGUUCACUUUAAUACUAAAUCUAGCUAAUUUAUUUUAUUUUUUUGAUUCAGGAUGAUUUAUUCAACAUUGGUCGAAGUCGAUAUGCCUCAAAGAACCUCCCCGGCAUUCUUUUGGGCAUUCAACGGUCGUGCGCUGAUCGUUACUCGAAGUGGAAGAAUGACUUGUCCACUCAUUUAAAAAAGAAUGGUCGAGCACAUCCUCCUGAUGGUUUGGUGGUGGAGAAAUGGUAGAAGGCGCUCCAGUAUUUUGAUCGCCCUGAAGUGAAGAGGCGUUCUGAGACUAACUCUGCGAACCGUGCAAAACAAAAACAGAGAAGCGUGCGGGGUUCACAGUCUACGCCAGCCCUUCGUUACAAGAAGGUACUUUCUUUUUUACAUAAUUUUUAUUUAUGUUUUUUUAUAAUGAUUUUUUUUCUUAAUUUUUUUCAAACUUCUUGUAUUGUAGCAUGAUUUACAAACUAGGUGUCUUGCUGGGGUUCCAGAGAUUUGGAUGGCGACUAAGUACAUAGACGGGGAAGGUUGGGUGAGCAAGGCAGCAAAAGAUAACUAUGAAAAGAUGAUGGAGAUACGUGACACUCUGCAGCCACAAUCAUCUACGAGCUCCUCUGCUUCGAGUUCCUCUACUUCGAGUACUAUCCGAAGAGAAGAGGAUGACAUUACUCUUGUUGAGACGAUCUUUGGACGUCGUCGAGGCUAUCAGCCGGGCCUUGGUCGUAGGAUUCGCACGAGGGCGAAUUGUGAAGCGGCUGAUGUACCUCAACCAGCCCAACCACCUCCUACCGCACCUCCUACCGCACAAGACAUGCAAGAGGUGAGGGAGCGACUCCGAGCCAUAGAGGAGUGGCUAGGAUUGUUGGAGUCUCGGGAUCUGGAUCUUCUCAGCAAGGUCAUGGUGUCGAUCCUACAACACCUAGUUAAAAACAUUUAUAUUUAUGUAUUUUAAUUUUACUAUGAUAGAUACUUUGUCAUAAAAAUAUUUAUAGUAAAAAUAUAGUUUUGUGCAUAAUUAAAUUUCUCUUCAAUUU